UCUCUCUCUCUCUCUUCAAUUCACCAAGGUGGUAUUGUAAGUAUAGAGCAGUGGUUUAUCCGUCAUUACAUUCCACGACAUGUUUCGCAAAAAACAGCGAAAAGCAUGUCUUAAUUUGAUCAUCCAUGGUCAUCUGCCCAUUCUGACGUGGAUCGGCUUUGGUUGUGCAGUCUUUUUCAUCCGACUCAUCAACAACAAUAGCCUUCAUCAUUCAAACUCCGUGGAACCCGAAUGGAGAGUUCCUUCGGCUCCUGAAGAAGAGAAGCAUAUGGUCAUGGUGACCUUGAAUCAAACUGUCCAGUCUUCAAACUUCUUGACUAUUGAUGAACUGAGUCAAAGUAUCGACUGCAGUGAAGAAUCAUCUUAUUCGAGUGAGGAGGUGAAGCAACGAACCGCCCAGUUCCUGUCACCUUCACAAAUCUUAGCUCGAACUUCAGAUUGUGACAAUUACUUUACCAUCAUCAAAACAUUCGGUUUAGCCCCAUUUUUGGAAUCUGAGAUGGAGUACCCUUUGGCGUUUUCACAUGGAGUUCACACUCAGCCUGGAUUAUUGGAACUGUUCCUAUCGUUGACCUUCAGACCCAUGGACUCCCAUUGCAUUCACAUUGAUGCCAAAGCGUCGGAUGAGGUCCAAUCUGCGAUUUUGGGUAUCGUCAAAUGUUAUAACUACCGAUUCAAAAAGGCCAAUGUGUUUGUGGCCAAACACUCGAUCCCCGUUUUUUGGGGCCACCACUCGGUGCUUGACAUUGAUCUUAUGUGUAUGCGACAACUUCGAGAAGCACCUCGAUCUCAGCAGAAAUGGCGAGCUAUCCUCAAUCCAGCGGGCACAGAGUUGCCGCUUAAGUCUAUAAAUACGAUUCGUCAAAUCAUAUUCUCCAAAAGAGAAAACAUCAUUCCUAUUCAUCACUCCAUUAAUGCUAAUCGUCAAGCCACAAGAUUUAAGCUGACCAGAUAUGGGCCAGGGCAAUAUCACUUGUGGAAUGAAAGAGUUGAAAGUUGUCCCAAAGGUCCCCCACCCUUUAACAUCACGGUUCUCAAGGGCAGUAAAAAUGUGAUUCUUACUCGGGAAUUUGUUGAUUUCGUCCUGGAAGAUCCUAUUGCCAUUGAGUUGUACAACUGGCUGAAGGAUACGAGUGUUCCCGACGAGCAUUUCUAUUCCACUCUGGCCACGUUAGAAAUUGAAUACAUCGCUGCCACAUCAGCUCGAAGUGUCUCUCAGAACAUGAACAUGUUACAAAGUAAUGAAGAAGCUCGCCAACCCAAAGGAAUAUGUUUCCGGGAGAGUUUGUGGGGACAUUCCGGUUGCAAAGGGAAAAACAUCCACAGCAUAUGUAACUUUGCCAUGGGAGAUUUAGAAGAACUCAAGAAGUCGAUCUGCUUCACCGGCAACAAAUUCAAUCUGGAGGUGGACCCCGUGGCUCCUAUUUGUAUUUACAAAGAUGUUCGACACAAAACCAAACUCGAUCGAUGGCGAGAAUGGAAAGAGAAUGAGCUCGAUAAACGAAAUGGCGUCCCAGAAGAACCAGAACCGGAAGAAAAUGCAUGAGCAUACGUACCAUUAUUUACCUGGCCAGAAGGACACGAACCAAUGAGCGCCUUCAUUUACUGCAUGGAAUAUUUAUUUUUUUUCUAUGAAAUUAACACCCUUCGCGAAAUAAAUAAAACAGCACAACGGACAACUUCAAAGCAAGGCAAUGUUUCCAUUUAGGAGCUAUUGCUUCA